CGUGCGAGUACUUACGCGCAUAAAAGUGACCAUGCAAAAAGGGUACCAGUAUUGUGUCUGUUGGUCUGUUCUUCAGCGAUACUGCUGUCGUUCUGCGUAUUUGGUGGAAUUGGGUGUUUAUAUGAACAGCGCUUUGACCGAAAAUAUGUUUCAAUACAAGUAACUUUUAAUUUAAAAUUAAUAAUUAAUUUUACCAUCACCGUUCACCACCCAGUUUUAACCUUUGCACAUAAUUGAAUUUGAAAGAAAAAUCGGCUAAAGUAGUUAAAAUUUUAACUGGUCACCAGCUGCAGUAUUACCAUGGUUAGCUUGUGCAUUUUACUUUGAUGUGUAUUAUACUGUAUUGAAUGAAUGAAUGUUACUUUGUGGGGAAUUUUUAUAUAUUUUUUGAUGCAUGGUUGAUAAUUUGGGUGACCCAUUAGAUUAGUGUCUGUUGUUUUGUCAUUAUUGCCUAUUGUCCCAUUUUUGCCGUAUUAGUUUAGUUACUUUCAAAACUAAACAUGGGGUUUGUAAUGUAACAAUGGGCAAUGGCAAUCAUACCUCGGAUCGCUGAGGUCUUAUUUAGGUGCUUGUUGCAUUGAUGCAUAUAUAGUAAGCAUUCAUUGCAAACAUCACAGACCUUUUACCUUUACUUUAUCGCAAACUGAAAAGAUUUGUUAUGACCCCUAUGUUGCAACCAAAUGUUAAAUCAGUUAUAUUUUUAGUUGCCUGUUUCUUGUUUCCAAUCAAAGCAUAACCCAUAUUCAUAAAUUACAAUUACUGGUUACAUCAAAACCCUUUAAAUAGCAUUAGCACUUGCCAUUUUUACCAAAAACAGUACUUUUUUAAGUUCAUCUACAAUAAUCAGGUAUAAAUAAGGUGUUAACUGCUGGCGCUUAUUCCUAUGUAUGGACUGCUUAAUAAUGUAGUUUGUGCUAUGUUUUACUUAUACAUGUUCAAUUCAGAAUUUUAAAACUAAUGUCUAAAGAAAAUGACACAAAAUGUAUAAAGUUAACUCCAACAUUGGAUGAACUUAAGCAAGGCAAAAUUAAGCAUUCAUGCUCACAGAAAUUAUGCAAGAAAUCCUUUAAAAGUAAAGUUGCUUUACAAGUGCAUGAACUAACCGCACAUUUGGAUGAAAAUGAACAGUUGACAAACAGGCCCAUUGAAUAUUAUUGUCUGUUUACAGCAUGUCCCCAUAGUUUGAAAAACAGUCUUUCGCCGUUUCUAUCUUUAAUAGCCCUCAGACAACACUUACGAGUCGUCCAUACUGAAAAUAGAAACUAUUGCUCCAAGUGCCAUAAGGAAUUUAAAAGUAAAUACUCAGCUCAUACACACGAGAAAGACUGUGGUGUCAAGUACAUCUGUUCAUGUAACAUAGCUUAUACAAGCAAAAGAGGUCUUCUUGCUCAUAUUCAAAGACAAAAUCAUGUUUUGCCACAUGAUUUAAGGCUGCUUUUUGAAUCAAACAAGAAGAAAAAGGUAAAGAAGACUGAUGUAAACUAUAAACCAAAACCAAAUCCAAAAUAUAUUUUACCCAAGACCUGCCAAAGAAAAUUAAAAUUAGUGUGUAUACAACCUCCCAAAGAAAACAAAAACAAUUUUACUUCUAUUAAAAAUGUAAUAUUUCCAAAUGAAAUUUCUGUGAAAAGCAAACCUGCUGCUGUACAUGGUUUUACCGCAACAAAAGCGGAACUGUUGCAGUCAGUUGGGUCUAAUACGGAUCAAAUAAAUGCAUGGAAUGUAAAAGAUUUUUCAAGUCAAACUGAUUGUUCAGGUAUGUUGCUCAAUGAUGGACAAGAAAAACAAAAUCUAUUGGAACAUAUGGCAACCCAGACGCUUGAAUUUGUGAAUGAGGUGGAUGGUUUUUCGUUGCGAUCAGAGAACACCUGCCAGACAGAGGAUACGCUAGAUUUAUUCAGUACUGAUCAGAAUGCAAAUUUAUACACACAGCCUGAUUGUAUUAAUGCAAAUAUGGUUGAUAUCAUUACAACACACAAGGAAUUGAUUGAUCCCAAUUUAUCAGUUCAUAUUGAGACGCAAACUGAUUCCGAUCUUUUUCGCCUUCAAUGCACAGCUCAAACUCAAACUGGCGUAAAGUCUAGUACUGAGUGUGGAACCAACAGUGAGGAUCUUGGCAGUUUAGAUGAUCUGUUAAACGACAUUGAAACACAAACUGAUUCUUUCUUUUUGUGGUCAAAUCAAAUGAGCAGUGCAACCAGCACAUGCACACAAACACCUGCAGAUAUUAGCAAAGAGGAUGAUAUUUUUUCACAAUUAUUUACUAUUGAAACACAAACAGAGUGGUAAAACAGUUUGAUGACAUUGACUAAUUUUGUUUAACCAUUUUUUUGCGUCAUGUUUACUGGUAUGUUCCUUGUUUUGCUAAUGUUGCUACCUGUUUCAUAUUGAUAUAAUAUUCUUUAAGCUCUACGAUAUGUUUUAAUAAAUACACAUUGUUAUUGAA